GUUAUUAUUGUAACACUAAGCUGGAAAUCCGGGGAACAAAAGCAACCCAAAUCAUUUGAAAUUGUUGAUCAUCAUAAAUCAGCACUGGGAGAUCAAUUUACGGCACAACUGUACCAAGAACGUUACUGGAAAAUGGAUGCUGAUCCAAUCCGACAGGCUGCCGAUGACGACAUAUUCGAGUUUGCAGCCGUCCUCAUGCAGAACAAAACCAUCGGGGACUGUCAUGAUGUCUUAGAGAGAAUUACAAAUGAAUCUGUGAACGCAAGAGACUAUCAGGGUUACACUCGUCUCGAAUGGGCCAGCGCGUUUUCCAGACAUGAUUUUCGUAACUAUCUAAUGAAAAAAGGAGCUACGUUACCAGACAAUCAAUUCCAUCGCAACGUCCUAUUCAUCAGGCUCCAGUACGUCGAUGAAAACUUGAACGAAACACCGGACACUUUGUCUCCCGAAACAAUUGAUUUUAGAGGCACUAAUGCAAUGAACGACACGGCCUUGCAUUUGGCCUUGUACGGAUCCAAAUGGGACAUGGUAAAAAUGAUUCUCGAACACAACACAAAUGAAGAUCUCAAUACGGUCAAUUCUUCGGACGAAAUGCCGCUGCACCUGGCCGCAAAAUCCAAAUGCGGAAUAAGGAUUUUUGAGCAAAUUGUACGACGAACAACGAGGGCUAACAUCGGCGCAUUCGACGCAUACGGUUAUACUGCACUCCACUGGGCGGCCAACGAAGGAUCGGCGAAGAAGAUCAAAUUGCUGUUGGAUAAAGAAGCGGAUGUUAACGCUCGCGACAAAGGCAACGGAAAUACAGCUCUCCAUUUAGCGUUAAUGAAGAAAUCAAAAACUGCCGCUGAGGAAUUGCUGGAAUGUUGCAAAGUGGACGUGAACCUGAAGGAACAACGAAGCUGGACAGCACUUCAUCAGGCUGCAGCAUGGAGCAAUGUUCCAGCUGAUUUGCUCCAGAAGAUUUUUCAGAAAUCUUCAGACGUUAACGCAAAGACAAUAUUGGGAAGAACUGCUCUGCAUUUGGCAGUGCGCAAGAGAUCACUUACUGCCACGAGAGAACUUUUGAGCUGUGGAAACGGUCAGAAUGGCCAACUUGUGGACGUCAACGUUGGCGAUGGCCACGGUAAAACAGCUCUGCAUUACGCGACCGAAUGGCAAGACAUUCCAGUCGAUCUAUUCAGAAAUAUUCUCCGAAAAUCAGCUAAUGUAAACGUCGUUGAGAAAGUAGAAGAAGCUACGGCUCUUCAUUUCGCACUGGAAAAACAAUCGAUCAUUGCAACGACGUGUCUACUGGAACAUGCGGACGUCAGCCUGGACAUCAAGAACAAAAAACAUUUCGUCCCACUUCAUUAUGCUGCCCAGUGGCGCGACAUUCCACAGCCUGUUUUCAACGCGAUCCUAGAAAGAACAAUUGAUUUAAACUCCAAAGAGAAAACAGGGGGAUUUACGGCUCUUCACUUAGCGAUCGACGCUAAAUCGGAAACUGCGAUUAUUCAACUGCUCAAACAUGAAAAUGUGGACGUCAAUAUCGAGGACAGCCAUAAGCGAACAGCGACUCAUCUGAUGGACUCGUGGCCGGAUGUGCCACCCGAUUUGCGCUUACUUUUAGACAUUCGACUUCAAAGAUUGAACGCUACUCUCGAUCCUGAACAGCCAAUUGGCCACGACUUGUCUGUUGAGACGAACGGCAAAUUACGCAACGACGACGCGAAUAACGAAGGGGAAGUCAAUUACAUCGCAAGGCACGCACCUUACGAAAGGAAAAUAUUGGCAGAGUUCAUCAAUCAAACGGAACCCCCGAUCAAAACAAUAAUUGCUGUAAAAGAAAACGAAUUACGCCAACGACGUGCUCAUUACCAGCUAAAUGAACAAAGAUUUGAAAUCCCGCCUGAUCGUGAAUAUUCGUUUGACCAAUACCUUUCCUUCAGCAGACUCAGUUUGAUUCUCCUAUUCCUUAGAAAGAUAAGAUAUCAAGUGUUAUCCUGUCGACAGACUCAACCUUCUAAUUUCCCUGGCAACAUGAUAGUCCAGCAUCCCAUUUCAAUGUCAGAUGACUCUCCGGUAGUUGUCACUGCCAAUGAUGCCCACUGGAUAAUAAUAAUCACGUUAAACUAUGUAAUAGAUGAAUCACCAACCGUUGAAAAACGGGUGGAGGUCACGUUGUCGCGUUUAGAGGAAACCAACACUGCCAGGCAAUUUGAUAAGGCAACUAUUUUGGCCAAAGAACUCGCAGCCAUGAAAAGGGCACCAACUUUUCAAUCACUAUCCAAGCAAGUGCGGACUACAGAAUAUGACGUUACUCUACCUAUACCUCCUCCUGUUAUUAAUAAACCCAUGGCCGCUCCGAGAUCUGUCCUUCCUGUCUUUGCUGCCGUCGUGAUUGUACAAAAACAAUCCGAUCCAAUCGUUUCAGCUCCAUCCACUGUCAACGAAGCGACAGCAGCGCCUCUUCCGGCAAAGCGAUUGUCCGAUUUGUCGUCACUUUUACCUUUGCCGAGGAAAACUAUCAAGGAAAAAACACAAAACAAUCAAGAAGAAACGGUGACGAAAGAACAAGUUACCGUCGAUGUCAACCAGAAAACUGAAACGGAGAUGACAACGUUGGUUUUCCAGAAGAAGCCAUUUAUCGGCGUGAUGGAGAAGAACGCCAAAAGAACGCAGAGUUGCAUCGUUGACGAAACAUCUAAAUGUGACAACCUGUGA